AUGGGUAAAAGCAUGGAUGACUUUCACUUGGUUCCUGACUACCUUGGUGUUACAUUAGAUCAACGGACUACAAAAGAAAUUGAAACUGAAAGGAAUAUUCAGUUCACAGAGGAGGAUCUGCUACUGUCUUCGAAACUUAAUGCCGGUCAGAAAUUUGCCUAUAGCUCUAUCAUGAAACAAGUUUUCUCACCAAAAAAACAAAGUUUUUUCAUUGAUGGGCCAGGCGGGACAGGGAAAACUUUCCUUUAUCGGUCAAUACUUGCUACUUUGCGUUCUCAAGGCUAUAUAGCCAUUGCUGUUGCAUUGUCUGGCAUUGCUGUCUCUAUACUUUCUGGUGGGAGGAUUGCACAUUCACGCUUUAAGAUCCCUCUUGAUAUAUCAGGAAAUAAAUCUUGCCAAGUUAGUAAGCAAAGCUCAACCGCUAAGUUGCUUAUAGAAGCCAAACUUAUAUUGUGGGAUGAAGCUUCAAUGGCUAAGAAGGAAAUAAUCGAAACAUUUGAUAUGCUUCUCAAAGACAUAAUGGAAUGCGAUGAUCCUUUUGGUGGCAAGCUGGUGGUUUUUGGAGGUGACUUCAGGCAGACUCUACCCGUGAUUAAAGAUGCAACAAGAGACGUUUUAGUUCAGUCAAGUUUUGUCAACUCGCAUCUAUGGACUACUUUGCAGAAGAUUACUUUAUCAGAAAAUAUAAGGGCUGUCAUGGAUCAUUCUUUCUCUGAAUUCUUACUACGGAUAGGUGAGGGACGCGAACCAGAAGACGAAGAUGGCAAAAUAUCUUUAUGUAAGGAUAUGACAAUCCCUUAUGAUGGAAAGGAGGCUUCUCUUAACAGGUUAAUCGAAUCUGUUUUUGGUGAUCUAAAUGUGUAUUUUUCAGAUCCAUAUCAGAUGAUUAAUCGGUGUAUUCUAUCAGGAACAAAUAAUGUUGUUGAUGAUGUUAACCAGCUCAUUAUUGAUAGAUUUCCUAGAGAUCCGCAUACUUAUAUAAGUUCUGACAGAACUCUUAACGAAAGAGAUCAAGGAGACUAUGAAGACUUUCUCAAUUCUUUAAAUCCAAAGGGGUUACCACCUCAUAAGUUGAUCUUGAAAGAGAACUGUCCAAUUAUUCUGCUCAGAAACUUGAACCCAAUGGAGGGCCUUUGUAAUGGUACCAGGCUUAUAUGUAGAGAGCUACGCCACAACACUAUUUGUGCAGAGAUUGCAGUGGGUCAGUACCGCGGUAAAAGAGUCUUCUUGCCAAAGAUUCCUCUCCAAACUUCUGACAGCGAAAAGAAUGGCAUCCCCUUUAAGAGAACUCAAUUUCCUGUCAAGUUAUGUUUUGCAAUGACGAUUAACAAGUCUCAGGGGCAAACUCUGGAUUAUGUAGGAAUUUAUUUGCGCGAGCCUGUUUUCUCUCACGGCCAGUUAUACGUUGCCAUUUCUCGUGCAAAAAGUUCAUCUGCAGUUAAAGCACUGAUAGUUCCAGCAACAUAUCGAGACGUAGUUACUGAGUGCAAAACUAGAAAUGUUGUCUUUCAUGAAGUUCUUGAAUUAGCUAGACAGUAG